UGGGUUGAAUACUGAGGAGGGGGAUGAGAAGACUUUUCUGUCCUCAUGAGUAUCACAUCAUCCAUUCUUCCUAUCUAUAAAUCUUUGUCUUCCUUUCCCAAUUUUUCCUAACAAUCUCGACAGCAUUCUUUUGGUAGUCACUCUCCUUGAAGAUCCUGAAAAGGAAAAAAAAGAGAGAAAAGAUCAAUCGAGAUGGGACGAGCUCCGUGCUGUGACAAGGCCAAUGUCAAGAAGGGACCAUGGUCACCUGAAGAGGAUGCUAGACUUAAGGCCUAUAUUGAAGAGAAUGGUACUGGUGGCAACUGGAUUGCUCUUCCUCAGAAAAUUGGGCUCAAAAGAUGUGGAAAAAGUUGCAGGCUGAGAUGGCUCAACUACUUGAGGCCCAACAUCAAGCAUGGUGGAUUCUCAGAAAAAGAAGACAACAUCAUCUGCAGCCUCUAUAUAAGUAUUGGUAGCAGGUGGUCUAUUAUUGCUGCCCAGUUGCCUGGAAGAACUGAUAAUGAUAUAAAGAACUACUGGAAUACCCGAUUGAAGAAAAAGUUACUCGGAAUGCGUAAACAAUCCAAUAUCAAUCGAUCUCCCUCUGAUCAGAGUCAGGAUCAUCAGCUCAAGGAUGCCGACGAUGCACAGGCCUUAAGCAGCUCUGCCCUUGAAAGACUUCAACUCCAUAUGCAGCUUCAAAGCCUUCAGAACCCUUUUUCUUUCUACAACUACCCUGCACUGUGGCCCAAGUUGCACCCUUUGCAAGAAAAGAUGAUCCAGACCCUCCGUUCCAUGAAUGAUAAUAACCCUAUGAUGCACCACCAUGCUCUCACAACUCCUCUUCAGCCAGCUCAAGGGCAAAAGGGUAAUAUCAAUGAUGUCUACGAGCAAGUGGAGCCCACUUCUGCGUCUAUCUUAAUUCAAGAGGAAUAUGCAAAAUUAUGCAAUCAAAAAAGUAUGGAUGAGCUGGAGAAUCCUUUGAAUGGCAUGUCAUCCUCGGACACCCGCUAUCAUGCUUGGAUCUCCACAAGCAAUCAAGUGGACUCAACUAUUGUGGCGGCGAAAGCUGAUAAUGUAGAGCAGUUAAACAGCGUCGGAACUCAUGGCCCUCAUCACCAGGUUAAUUUAAGCUUCCACGGUGAAUUUGGUGACACCGAUAACAAUAAAUGUGUUGGUUUCACAGCACAACAAGAACAUGAUCAAAUGGCUGAAUUUGAUUGUUUCAAAGAAAUGAAUGUCUCCAAGGACAGCUUGGUGUGGUGGGCUAACGAGUUUGACGCCAAAUCUGCCUCUUCAGACUCCUGGGAUUCUACUUCUAUUCUUCACUCCCAAGGGGUGUUUCAAGACUAUGAAUUAGGUUACAACAUGUAGUUACGGAUAAUAGGGAGGAGUAAUGCUAUAUAAAUCAUAUUUACCGACCUUAUUGUGGACUGCAUCAGUAAUAGAAGAUCAUGACACCACAAAUACAAUAGCAAGUGGGUUAUACUUCUAUUGAUGUGAUUUACAAUGUGGUUCAUAGAUGUGUUCAAAUAGCUUUAUCGAAUAGGGAACUGGGUAUGGUAAUUUUUCUGGGGUCAUAAGAUGGUAAAGGCAAGAAUGAUAAUUAAUUAGUUGACAUCGA